AUGUCGCAGCACCAUCUGCAGGCCCAGCAGAGACUGAGGCACGGGAAAGAAAACAGAGAACUACCACCUGAAAAUGAGCAAUCUGGAAACAAAGCCACCCCCACUCCAACACAGUCAUCUGCAUUCAUUAUUAAUGAAGCAGAGAAGUGUAAAGACAGAACACCUUUCUUGGUGUUGCUGAUAUCAACAACAGCAGCAGAAGUCCAGCGCAGAAGCGCCAUCCGGAAGAGCUGGGGGAGCGAAGCCGCGGUUCCAGGCGCUGACAUUGUUCGGCUGUUCAUGCUUGGCAGCGAGACCGAGGGGGCCAGUGGGGACGUUCUGCUGAGGGAAAGCCAGCAGUAUCACGACAUUAUCCAACAGGGCUUCCUGGACACUUACAACAACUUAACUCUUAAAACUCUGAUGGGCAUGAGCUGGGUGGCGUCCUACUGCAGUGGCGCGAGGUUUGCUAUGAAGACAGACACUGAUGUUUUUGUCAACACGAUGUACCUGAUUGAAAAGCUCCUCAGGCCUCUCCCGCCUCCCACACAGAAUUAUUUCACUGGCCAUUUAAUGACAGGGCACAGCCCUAUUCGGAAUAAAGCCAGUAAGUGGUACAUAUCAGAAGAAGAAUUCCCAGAUAACAGAUACCACCCUUUCUGUUCAGGAACUGGCUAUGUCUUUUCUGGAGACCUGGCUGCAAAAAUUGUAGAUGCUUCUAAAAUGAUUAAAUUUAUACAUUUGGAAGAUGUUUACGUAGGGUUUUGUCUUAAUGCAAAGGGUGUAGAAAUAGUACCACCUCCUUAUGCAGUGUUUAACAUACACAAGGUCCCAUUUUCUCCUUGUGCGUACAGUAAAUUAAUUACAUCUCAUCACAUUGAGCCACAUGAGCACAUACUUUAUUGGGAAGCACUGCAAGAGAACAAAGACAAAUGUUAG